AUGUGGCAGGGUUAUGAACAAUGGAGCGUCCAAGAGAAGCCCAACGUCCUGAAGGAGCACCGUCCCCCAGCCCUGCUCCCCCAACCGUCCCCCAGCCCUGCUCCCCCCACCGUCCUCCAGCCCUGCUCCCCCCACCGUCCCCCAGCCCUGCUCCCCACCGUCCCCAGCCCUGCUCCCCCACCGUCCCCAGCCCUGCUCCCCACCGUCCCCAGCCCUGCUCCCCCCACCGUCCUCCAGCCCUGCUCCCCCAACCGUCCCCCAGCCCUGCUCCCCCCACCGUCCUCCAGCCCUGCUCCCCCCACCGUCCCCCAGCCCUGCUCCCCCCACCGUCCCCAGCCCUGCUCCCCACCGUCCUCCAGCCCUGCUCCCACCGUCCCAGCCCUGCUCCCCCACCGUCCUCCAGCCCUGCUCCCCACCGUCCCCAGCCCUGCUCCCCACCGUCCCCAGCCCUGCUCCCCACCGUCCCCAGCCCUGCUCCACCGUCCCCAGCCCUGCUCCCCCCACCGUCCCCCAGCCCUGCUCCCCCCACCGUCCUCCAGCCCUGCUCCCCCCACCGUCCUCCAGCCCUGCUCCCCACCGCCCCCAGCCCUGCUCCCCACCGUCCUCCAGCCCUGCGCCCCCACCGCCCCCAGCUCGGCCCCCACCGUCACGUGA